UCUUUUUCCAUCUCCCUUUCGCUUUUGGUCGUGCUUCUUCUGCUUGGUUUCAAUCCAGAAUUAGGGUUUAUUUCACUUUCAUCUGUGUUCUGCUUGGUGCCUUUCCGCAUAGAUUUUGUAAUAGGGACCGUUGUUAUGGUUCUAUGAAACUGUCCGUUCUCAAGAGGGCUAAGUUGAGGAAUAAGGUCGAUCUAACACUUUCACUGGAUGGCAAUUGCUUUUGUUCGCGCUCUUCAAAGAGCUUCAUCUCUUCUCAAACCCUCUUCUCCACUUAUUGUUUCUGUGAGGUCACUUCCUCAAGUCCAAGAAUUCUUUUAUUCAUCACCCAUAAGCUUGCUGCCCACCAUCUCAACAAAUCCAAUCCUGAUAUAUAGAAACUUUAGCCAUGGUGCAGUGAACUUAGUUAUAUCAGAAGGGAAACCCAAGUUUGAAACACGUGAAGUUGAUCCUCCUAAAAAAUAUAAAUGGUUGAGUAAAAAGAGGCUGAAGCUGAAAAGGAAAAAGGAAAGAGAGGAAAGGAGAGCGGCUAACAAGAGGGACCCUCGUCGGCUUACCGUCAAAGGGAAGAAGAGAAAAUUUGCUAAUGCGGAGGAAAGAAUAAAGUGCAAGCUUGAAAAGGCCAAGAUUAAAGAAGCCUUGCUGAUCGAGAGACUGAAACGGUACGAGGUUCCUAAAGUUCAUGGGCCUGAGGUUCAGCCGCAUGAACUAACAGGCGAAGAACGGUUUUACAUGAAGAAAAUGGCUCAGAAAAGGUCUAAUUAUGUACCGAUUGGCAGAAGAGGAGUGUUUGGUGGCGUUAUUCUUAAUAUGCAUAUGCACUGGAAGAAGCAUGAAACUGUUAAGGUUAUAUGCAAGAAUUGUAAGCCAGGCCAAGUGCAACAGUAUGCGGAUGAGCUUGCUAGACUGAGUGGUGGUAUCCCAAUUAAAAUAAUCGGCGAUGACAUUAUCAUAUUUUAUAGAGGCAAAAACUAUGUUCAGCCGGAAGUUAUGUCACCAAUAGAUACACUGUCAAAGAAAAGGGCAUUUGAAAAAUCAAAAUACCAACAGUCACUGGAAUCAGUGAGACGCUUCAUCGCCAUUGCAGAGAAAGAACUUGAACUCUACUACAGGCAUGUUGCCCUAUAUGGCGACCCGAAUAAUAGAAAUCCUCUCUCGAUCUUGGAUGCUUCCUCAAAGGAGUACAACAAAGAAUCACAGAAACCCAAAAUCAGAAAAGAGGAGAAUCACCGUGACGAUGAGCAUUCUCUGAGAUUUUCAGACACCGAAGUUGAUUCUGCAGAUGAAUAUGGUUAUGAAGAUGAAGAGCUCUCUGCAUUAAACGGAAAAAAAGGGUUGCCCGAGAGAGAGAUGGAUUCUGGAAAUAUUGGUUUAUAUUGAUGGUCCUACACCGAAAAGGAACUGCCCUUUUAAGUGUUAAGUCAACGCUGGAACACCCCAAUCUCCAUGAGUUCACAUUCUUUACUCUCUUGGAAUAAAACUGUGAAACUGGUCUGCUACUUGGAUUGAGUUCACAAAAGCCGUUGGGAUCAGUCAGAGGAGAUGGUUGGAUAAUGUUAAAAUUGUGAGUGUUGCCAUUUCUGAAGGGACUAAAUGGGAGAAGACAUUCUCAGAGGAUUUCUUGUGUGGCCGAGUUUUCUGGUAUCAGGAGACAGUUUCUGGGACUGAGGUCCAGGAUUGUGUUACUGAUGGUGAAAAUAACUUUCAUUUGGGUCGGUAGAUAAGUUACCGAGAUAUAUGAUAUGUAAUGAACAAUAUCAAUAAGCUCAUGUAAGCUAAAGUCAUGGACUAACCGAUCUGAAGCAAUGAUCAGAUUCCAUGGCAUGGAAUUCUCCUUGCGUAGUACUUGUACGCAUUUUCAUUAUU